CCUCCUCUGCUUCCAAACAUUUUUUUCUUCAGGUUUCAGUAAUUUCUUGUUCUUCAUCAUGAGCGACAGCAAAAGUGUCAGCAGCGUGGCUUCCGCAAAGUCCAGCUCGUCAAAGUCCAGCUCGUCAAAGUCCAGCUCGUCAAAGUCCAGCACUCCCAAGAGCACCGUUAGUGAGCCCGUUGGCAAUAUUGUGCCGGCGUCGCAGUCGGGUGACUUCAUGUCGUUCCUCAAGACCGUGCUGUCGUUCACUGGUGAUCUGUCUUCGCUCACUUGUCCGUCGUUCUUGCUGAACGGCAUUUCGCUGCUUGAAUACGGUGCCCAUUGGAGCGACUACCCGCAUGUCCUGGCUGAGAUUACAAAGGCCGAGAGUUCGCCAGAGCGCAUGAAGCUGGUGGCCCGGUGGUUCAUCUCGACCCUGUACGGAAGCUACAACAAGCGCGUGGCCGAGUCGAACACGGGCGAAAAGAAGCCGUUCAAUCCGAUUCUGGGCGAGCAGUUCCUUGCGUCCUGGGACGACUCCGAGUACGGGGAGACGACGUUUGUGUGUGAGCAGGUGUCGCACCACCCGCCCGUCAGCGCGAUCUAUUUUGAGAACGCCAAGGCAGGCAUCUACGGCAACGGCCAGUUUGCGCAAAAGUCCAAAUUCAAGGGCACCACCAUGAAGGUCGUGCAGGAGGGCCGCGUCACCUUGCGGAUGCGCAACACUGACGAAGUCUUCUGCCUGUCCCUGCCCAGCCUAAACAUCUGCUCGAUCCUAUCCGGCAAGCCGUUCCUGGAAAUGAGCAACACCACGUUUAUCCGCUCGAGCAAGGGCUAUUCGGCCGAGUUCCACUGGCACACCAAGCCCUGGCUGUACGGCGAAUACCACAAGUUCGACGGCUCCAUCUUCCGCGACCCCAGUGCCCUGUACUCCCCCAAUGCACCAGCCCAGGAGCCCCUGUUCACUGUCAAGGGCAAGUGGGUGGCUGAGUCCACCGUCACUGACGUCAAGACCAGCUCCCAGAGCGUACUGUUCGAUGUUGCCGCCCAACCGUCGGCCGAUAUCAAGAUCCGUCCCGUCAGCGAGCAGUCCGAGCUCGAGAGCCGUCGCGUCUGGAAUGCCGUCGCCCAGGCCAUUGAAUCAGGUGAUUACGAGACCGCAUCGCGCGAAAAGACCGUGAUUGAGGAGGCCCAGCGCGCCUUGCGCAAGGAGCGCGCUGAGCGGAGCGAGACCUGGACCCCGGCGCUGUUCAAGUGGAUUGCUGACGAGGACGAUGAGAGCGAUGUCCGGGAUGCCUAUGCGUAUUUGUACCCGGCCAAGGACAGCAUCGGCAAGGGCAGCUGGGUCUACAAAAACUCUAUCCACGAGCUGGACCGCGCCAACUCCACCGGCUCAUCCACGGGCACCGGCACGCCCUUCGAGGACGCCGUCAGCGAGGCAUAAGUCACAAUUUACAUCGUAUAUCCCCUCGCCAGCCAAGACAUUAUUUAAAGACCGAGCCCAUAUAUUCUAG